AUGGAGGACACGGACAGCAAGGGGGCGAGGGGCAGCGGCAUCACGGAGACCUACGGCACGGUGGAAGAGCGGCUGCUGCGGCUGGAGGUGGUGGUGCUGGCGAGCGCGCUGGUGCUGGCGUCGCUGGUCCUGUACGGCUCGACCCAGCGCCGGAGCAGUGACCGGGUGCUCCGGGGCGUCAUGUGGAUCGCCUACUCGCUCUCCUACGUGGUGGUCACCUACGCCGUCGGCAUCAUCCAGGACGGGCCCUUCCACGGCCAGGCCUUCGUGCUCUGGGCGUCCGCGCUGCUGCUCAUCCAGGCCAGCGCGUACGCGGCGCCCGUGCACAGCCGCCGCGACGUCGACCAGCGCAAGAAGCUGCUGCUGCAGCACGCCCUCCAGACGGCGCUCGUGCUCUGGCUCAUCCUCAACGCCAUUGGCGCCAACACCAGCUAUCGGGCGGCCAUCUGGGCCUUCUGGAGCCUCAGCGUGCUCAAGACGGCCGCCAAGAUCGUCGAGAUGGUCCGGUCCAGCCUCCCCGACCCGUCCGUCAAGGUCGUCGCUGAAUACAUGGACGUGGAGCAGUUCCUCGCCGCCGACCAGCUGCCACACGACCCCAAGACCAUGAAGGGGUACAAGUACCUCUUCCACGGCGAGGAGGCCAUUCAGCAUCAGCAGCAGCUGAGCCACCAAUAUCAUCCUUCCCAGGACGAGAUACUGAUGACGACGACGACCAGCUCGGUGCUGACGAGGACGACGAGCUCGAUCCUGACGGCGACGAUGAGCUCCGCCUCCCCCAAGGUGAAGGGGGUCGUCACGAUCGAUCAAGUUUACCAGUGGAUCGAUCGUCACGGAUACAGCGACGUCGAGAGGGACAUGGCCAAGGACUUCUGCCUGGCCUUCUCGUUGUUCAAGCUGCUGAAGCGGCGAUUCUACGGGUACACCCCGGCGGAAGCCGGCUCGCCCAAGUCGCUGGACCUCGUCCUGACCGGCCUCCUCCACCACGCCAUCACCGGCCCCGACGCCGCCUUCCGGGUCGUCGAGGCGGAGCUCGCCUUCCUCUACGACUUCUUCUACACCAGGAACAUCCUGCCGGUGGGGGUCAGGACCUACAUCUUCAUCGCCGUCGUCAUGCUCAGCCUGACCAUGUGGACGGCAUUCGUCGGCACGCUCGGCCCUGGCUACAGCCGUCCUCACGUCGGCGUGAAGAACCUCGACCGCUCCGUCACGGUGGUGCUCGUGGUGAUCACCGCGGCGCUCGAGGUCUGCCAGGCGCUGGCCGCCUUCUCCAACAACUGGCGGUACGUGAUGACCGUGUACCGCUGCGUGCGCGACGACCGGCCCUGGACCACGCAGCGGCACGGCCACCUCUGGUGCUGGAAACAGAGCAUCACGCCGCCGGACACAACGUACUGGGAGCAGAAGAUCGGCCAGUACGAGCUCCUGCACUGGUACGACCACCGGCCGUGGAACGUGCGCUCGUGGAUAACCCUCUACCUGGUGGAACCACGGCGGCAGGGCCAGAAGAGAGGCCGGAGAAAGGAUCUGCCUACGCAGGUCAGGCGAGCCGUGCUCGACUCGCUCAAGGCCGGCGGUGGCAAGCUCACCAAUGGCGUCGCCACCGUGCAGAGGCACGGCCUGUCGCAGCAACUGACAUGGGCGUGCGUGUUUCCCAAGCUCACCGACCAGAUCCUGGUGUGGCACGUGGUCACCACUCGUUUCGACUGGAUUAGCGGUGGUGAUGGCUCUGGUACCGAUGACGUUGCCGACAACCACAGGCUCGUGGCGAGGAAGUUGUCCAACUACUGCGCGUACCUUGUUGCCUUCGUGCCGGAGAUGCUGCCGGACCCGAGCUACAACGUCGAGCAGAUCUUCGACACGACGGUGCAGCAGGCGCGGGACCAGCUCGCCGGCUGCCGGACAACGCGGGACAUACUUGCCCAACUAGAGGAGAUACAGAGCAAGGAGGAGAGUUACCUGGAGGGCGGCAGCCUGUACGAGAGAGCCGGCAACAGCAGCAUCGUCGAGAAGGCUGCGCUGCUCGGCGGGCAGAUCAGGGUGUCUGUACCAGACGAAGGGCGGCGGUGGAAGGUGCUGGCGGAGUUCUGGGCGGAAUUCAUACUGUUCUUGGCGCCGUCGGACAACGUGGACAUCCAUGCAGAGAUGCUCGGGGCCGGUGGCGAGUUCAUGACGCAGCUGUGGGCGCUGCUCUCCCACGCUGGCAUCCUGGAGCGGCCGGCCGCUGCCACGCCGUCGGCACCAGCAAGGACCUGA